AUGGAGUCAAACGGCGUCCGACAGUUGGAUGCCAUUGAAUAUUUGUUUAAUCGUUUUGGCGGUAUUCAAUUUCAUGUUAGUCGUUUAUUUAUGACACUCAAUGGCUCAAUUAUUUAUAGUAAAUAUGAUUCUUAUCGAUCAUUUCUCCCAGCAUUAAUUGAUGCUGUUGCACAAGCUGGAUUUUGUAGUCAAGAGAUACUCCCCGAUGACACUAAUACAAUUAGUGGAGCUGAAUUAAAACGUGUUUACAAAGAAGCAUCAAAAUUUUCUAUACGUCCACAUAAAAUUGAACCAUCAAUAGAAAAUAUGAAAUCAUGUUUAAAUGGACAAUUACCAUUUAUUAUGAGUCUAAAUACAGAAUUAUUUACGGAACGCGAUGUACAAAUUGUAAAUAAUUAUCAACGAAAACUUAUUCUUCCAUCACCAUAUGAAUUAUUACCAGUAUUAGUUGUUGGUUAUGAUGAUAGGAUACAAGUUUUUCUUGCAAGAAAUACAUGGGAUCCAAAAUGGGCUUUUAUAUACAUCGACCUCUUGAGACGUCUAAUAUUUCUUGCAGCCAGUGAUGCCGUGGCAUCGAUUAAGUGGACAAACAUUGAAAUACAAGAACAUUAG